ACAAAAAAAUAAAAAUAAACGAGUGAAGUAAAGCUUCUUACAUCGAGAAACUCCGGGGAAGCAAUUUACCGAAAACACUCGAAAGUCACAGUUCUUCCCCAAAUCACACCGGAAACAGAAAUAAUAAUGGAGGUGGAGAUCGACGAGGAAGAGAUCAAAUCUGCCGGCGGAGAAUCCUUGACUGAUGGGCGGCGAGGACUGCGUAUUCACGGCUGGGAGAUCGAGACUUCAAAGCGUUCUAUCCUCACCUCUCCUGAACUUCAACUUUGGGAAGAAAAACUUGAGACAACUCACUUCCCUGAGAUGAUAUUUGGAAACAGUUCUUUAAUUCUUAAGCAUUUAGCUAGUGGCACUAUGAUUCAUUUCAACGCAUUUGAUGCUUUAAUCGGCUGGAAGCAAGAAGCUCUACCACCAGUUGAAGUUCCUGCUGCAGCAAAAUGGAAAUCCAGAAGCCAACCGUUUCAACAGGUGAUAUUGGACUAUGACUACACAUUCACAACACCUUAUUGUGGAAGUGAAAGGGUUGACAGGAAUAGUGAAAAGGUGGGAGGGGACAUUUCAGAUGGCAGUCCUAGUCUUUGCUGGGAGGACUGUGAGGAGAAAAUUGAUAUGGUUUCUCUGGCUUCAAAAGAACCUAUUCUAUUUUAUGAUGAGGUGGUUUUGUAUGAAGACGAAUUAGGUGACAAUGGAGAAUCACUUUUGACUGCCAAAGUGAGAGUUAUGCCAAGUGGUUGGUUUGUUCUCUUUAGGUUUUGGCUGAGAGUUGAUGGCGUUCUUAUGAGACUACGGGAUACUCGUCUGCAUUGUGUAUUUGGAGAAGACUCCUUCCCUGUUAUUCUUCGGGAAAACUGCUGGAGAGAGGGUACAUUCAGUGGCUUGGCUGCAAAAGGAUAUCCGGUCGACGUUGCUUUAUAUAAAGAUCCAAGCAUCAUCAGCAUGAGGCUCCCUAUUAUCAAGCAUAAAACACAAAAGCUUAAAUUAAGUACCAACCUGUAAGCCUGUAACAGUUCUUUGUCAGCGGCUAUUCAUAACAUUAGUAUACUGAAUCUGAAUCUGAAAUGAAAUCAAAUUGUUUUCCUAUACCCAUUUAACAUAAUUGAUGUGAUUUCUGAAUGAAAAUUUCUUUCUGUGUGUAUAAA